CCUUGUUAUAUACAACACGAAUUACAUCCCUGUAUGUUCGCGGGUCAUUAGUCUCGCAAUAAUUAUGUAUUUAAUUGCGACGCAGAGGUUUCUUAGUAAAGGAACAACAGCAAGAAAUAAAGAAUUAAGAUUUAUUGACUAAAAGUAGUGAAAAAUCAUAUGCAUUUAAAAAAAUAUAUAAUGAAAACAUAGAUUCGAUAGAAUUAGACGUAAAAUAUGUGAACGAGUUGAAGUGUAGAUGCCUUCAGCGGCAGCUGUAAUGGCGGUUGUCGGGAAAGUACGGACGCACGCGUUAAAUGUUUCAAGAACAAAAUAGCCAACAUUCUGUUUAAGCCCGAAUAAUUCUGGUCUUCUGGCAAUCACAAGAUUUUCUAUAAUCGUAAUAUUUUACAUGUUUAGUGAUUACUUUCAUAAUGUCAGAAGAAAACAAACAUACUUCGGAAGAGACCGAAUCAGACAUGAAUACGGAAGAUCACAGCAAGGAACAAUCGAAAAGUGAUACAAGUAUGUUAAACAAUGAAACUGAACAGCCUAUGUUAGAAGACGAAGAAAUGCCGACGUAUGUUAGCGUAUCAAGUCCAUCGAGACGCGACGAUUCAGAUGUUAAUAACACAAAACAAAAUAAAAUACCUGUAGAAGAGGAUCACAGUCGAAGUCCUUGCCCUAGCGACGAUCAAGGAGGUGGUAGUAUUUAUGUACUAUCCUCUGGAGAAGAAAGUAAUCACCCCUAUAAUGAUGAAGAUGAAGAUGAUUAUGGAGACAGUGACGACAUGGAUGAAAUGGACCUUGAAAAUGAACACGAAAAUGCGAUGUUAGAUGAUGAAGAAGAGGAAGAUGACGAAGAUGAUGAUGAUAGAAAUCCUCUCAGAUUACCCAAUGAAGAUGAUGAGGAUAUAGAAACAGAAUAUGAUCAAGAAUAUUUUGAUAGGGUGUCCGAUGAUUUUAUUUUAAAUAAUAGAUUAAAACAACAUCAUAAAGAAAGAAGUUUGUCGUUGCAAGAUCUGAGUAUUUGUAAAAACAAUAUCCAUUCACCAUAUAGUAAGAAAAGGCAUAGUCUAAAUAUUGUUAGACCAAAUUAUCUUAAAUAUCAACAUGUGGAAAGUAAAGUGAAGCAAUAUAUAAGAGAUAUAAAGAAACAGAAUAGAAAGUCUAUGGAAAAACGUAUUAAAGAACAAGAAUUUAUAAUAAAUAAAAAUUAUGAUGAGGAUGAAAACAUUGACAGUGAACAAGUAAGAGCAACAGUUACUAACAAAAUCAUAAAAGAUUAUGCACAGAAGGCUAUUAAAGACUUGCAACAUGAAGAAAAUGAAGGUACUAAUUUAGUUUAUAAUAUAGCACAAAUAGUAAAAAAUGGUGAAAACAAUAAAACUGACAAGGUAAUUGAAAAUCAAUUUAAACAUGUUCGAAAGGAUUCUGAAUAUACUAAUACCCAGAAUGAAAAACGUGCACAAAACAGUGAUGAUCGGUUAGAAAAACGAAAUGGUUCUGUAGACAUUAACGUACAUCAAAUUGAAUAUCAAAAUACCCUAGAUAGAAAUACUAAGUUUAGUAACAUAAAUCAAUCUUCUCUAGUUAAUGGUCAUGAACAAACCCCUGCAUUUAUCAAUCUACGUACAGUAACUUAUGAGGAAUAUAUGCAUGGUACACCAAAUACUGUACAGAAGGAAGAAUUAAAUGAGCAAAAACAGAAAAACGUGAGUGAAGUAUAUAAUGAAGCAGAAAUGAUCACUGAACAAGAAAUCGAUAAUAGCGAUACAAGUUGUUCUUUAAAAAUCGAAAAUGUGAAGAGUAUUAGAAUGAGUCAUGAGGAAUCGAGUAAUUUGAAUUUUGCAAAAAUAAAUGCAAAUGAAAAAAUGGUUGCAGAAAACAAAGAAAUUAUUCAACUCAAAACUCAACUGAAUCAAAAAGAUGCACAGUUUCAUAAUUUGAAGGAUGCCUAUCAGAAAACCCUGGCAGAGAAUAUAAAGAUGAAACAAGAAUUAGAUGAGCUGAAAAAAUCCUUAGCAAAAUAUGAAAAUGAAAACAAAACGUGUGAAACAAAAGUAGCAUCUGUGCAGACUGAGAACGUUGAAAAGUCUGUAGACAAUCAAGAAACUGUAGCCAAAGCAGAAACAGUUAAAAAAGUAUCCACCAGCAGUGUCGCGUCGACAGCAAGUUCUUCCGAUCAAUGGGCGGAAAGCGCUUACAGUCCAGCUGUAUCCAUCAAACCACCAGAUAUAACAUCAAUCCUCAAUUCUGAUGACAGUAUAGUACUUACCAAUGGUACUCCAAGAAAACUAGCACAUCCAUUGUCUCGAACAUUCAUCACUUCGUCCCGAAUUUUACAGACUCUUUCUAACAUAACACAAAGCAAAACAAAAGUGGAAAGUCCUUUGGUACGAAAUACCAAGAAACGGUCAAAUGAAAAUUCAACGGAUCAGUUGUUGAAUUUACAUUACAGUUCUCCAAUUCAUACGUCAAGUUCCAAAAAACGAAAGGCAACAGAAAUGCUCGGUAGUGCCGCUUUUACUCAACCUUUCAAAAUUCCUCACACAACUGUAGAACCAGACAGAAAAAAUAGUACUGACGCUACCACUGUAGAAUUUAAGUACGUCGAGGAACAUCCAAAGUCUAAAUCAGAACAGGAGCAGAGUGCAUCUGUUAAUAAAAAUGGCAAUGCCUCUACGUCUGCAGAAGUUAAAACGGAAGAAACAAUUGAUCAGAACGGUGUAAAGUGUUUCAUAUACGCAGAGGAUGAAAAUACUAAGAAUAGAAGUUUCUUAAUUCAAGCAGAAGAACCGACAAAAGAUGGAAUAAAUGACAAGAAUCGGGUGCAAGAAUGUGGUCCAUAUUUAUUAGGUAAUCUUGAAGUAAGAAUGUCUGAAAUAAAUGGUACAAUUAGCGUUUGGGGUAAAGAAGUGAAUCGGGAACCUGCGAACGAUAACGAGGAUGAUGCGGAAGUAUCUGCCACAAUGUCUGAGAAGAAAUCGUAUGAUUGUUGGCAUAAUACACCUCAAAUGAGAUUUAACGAGAGCCCGCUGGUUUGUUCAACCAGCAGAAAACUGAAAAUUCCAUGUAGGUUCAAUAAAUCUAACAGUUCUCAAUAUCGUCGGUCUUUGCCCGUGAACGCGAUGAGAACGUCUUCCUUAGGAGACGAUUUAAGCGAUAAGUUACGUAUGGAUCAUUCUUUUAGUCUAAACAAUUGUGUUCCUUUUUGUGAAAACUGUGAUUCUCCGAAAUAUCCUGACGAAUGGCCAAUUUAUAAAGGUGCUUCGAGUUCACAAGAAAAAGUACAUUCCUGUUGUAUACACGGUACAGAAUUUGUUGACGAAGAACGUCAUUGUGAUGUGCAUCACGAGAAACAGAAAUACGAUGUUAGUCCUAAACAUAGUAAAACUAAGUUUUAUAGUAAGGGAAUUCGAAGGAAUUCAUACAAAAAUACUUUUAUACCAGAUACAAAAAAUCACUUACACGAAAACAGUACGAACAUCGAGACAAACGAAACAACUUGCAAAUGCCACGCUCGUCGUUCAUUUCAGAAUGUAGUCGAUAAUGCUGCGCAUUCGAAAUACUGUAAUCAUGUUAGAAACAUCUCUUAUACGUGUAAAUCGUCUUUGGAUAACGCAAGUAACCAUGAGACUUCCGAGAAACAUACUUGUUCUCAUAGUAUUUCAAACGAGGAUGAAGAAGACCCUCUUAUACCGUUCAAGCGAUCUAAUGAAACGCCUGAGACCAGACAACGAAGAUUAAGUGGUAAAAAGGUGCGAGGUAUCCUUAUGGAUCUCUUGAGAGGAUGUGGAGAUUGUCGUAGUAACAGUGCUGCCAAUUUAAGUAAAAACGAACAACACUCGAAACAAGCACAUACUUCACAUGUUCCACCACAAAUUAAGAUUUCAUCUCCUAGCCACGAACCUACAUCUUCAGGUUCUACACAGUGUAAUGAAAGAUGUUGUCAUGCAUACGCGCAACGAAUCGAAUCUCAACUUGAAGAGUUCCGAAUGGAAAUGGAAAGAGUACGAUCACGUUCCGAUGCAAUCCUCGAUAUGCUCAAUAUGCUUCACUCUGUGGAUAUGAACUAAUGAAAUUUACCCAAUUUUAAAUAAGUGCUUUUCCUUGUACAGAUCACUUUCUUAAUUUUUUUUAAGUCGGAAUUCACUGUCGACGAUUUUCCUUAUUUACCUCUCGAACUUCAUCGCAUAUAGGAAACGCCUGUUCAAUUUAUUAAAGUGACAUACACUCGAAACGAAAGAAAAAAUCACCACGUUGUAUCAGAUACACAUUUGUAUUAUAGAAGUUCGAUUUCGUGUCGUUGAUAAAUGUGAUAUAAAAUGAAAAACAAAUUUGGUAUGAUUUUUAUAUCGUACGAACAUUUAAUACUUUUCUUCUUAUAAUUUAACUAGAGAAUUUUUGUUACAUUCUAGACCAACAAUGUUUGAACAUGUAAUUUAAGUAACCGAGUGAGACGACGAUCAUCGCCUCAUCAAACUUUUAUUUCGAUAUCAAUAAAAUACUGAGUAAUUUCUUA